AUGGGUAUGCUUCUUCCUCUUAUUACUGUUACUGUGACUAGCGUGAUGAUGAGAAUGAUGUUGAAGAUGAUUAUUAUGCUUAUUAUAGUCGCGGUCGCGGUGGCGGCGAAAGUGUUUGGUGGUGAUGGGGAUAUUGAUAAUGGUGAUGAGGAUGCCGAUGCUGAUGCUGAGGAGGGGAAGAAGGAAGAUGAGGGAUAUUAUACUUUUGGUGGAGGUGGUGGUGACGAACAAAAAGAAGGCGAUGCUGAUGAUGAUGACCACUACGAAGACGACAAAAUU